ACACCUUAACCUUGUCAAAUCCAUUCAGAGCACUUGCCAUUUACACGCACACAACUCUCUUUCACUCUUCCCUCUCUCCUUUCCCCCACCUUUUAUUGGAAAAGAAAAAACAAGCUCUAGUCGCUUUCUCUCCCCCUUCUGCCUCAUCAACCCUUCCUUCUCAGUUCUCAGUUCACAGUUCAGAGUUCUGCUUACACCAAAUCUUCUUCUUGUUGGAUUCUUCAAAAGAAACCUGCAUGGUUUGCACUCUAUCUGUGCUAGAUCUUCUUUUUUUUUUCUUUUGUUUCAGUGGAGAGCAUAUAUAUAUAUAUACAGCUAGCUACGGAUGGAGGAUAUUUACAAGAUGAAUCCUCUUCUUUCAUGUUCCGGCGGGGAUGUUGUUAGGGAAGUUAACGUUAAUUCCGCUACUGGUGCUUCUGAAUUGAAUCUUGGACUGGUGGCUAACAACUUCUUUUCGGAUAUUUCGGAUCGGUUCAUCAAGUCCCAGAUCGCCACUCACCCUCUCUAUCCAAAUCUAGUAUCCGCUUACAUAGAAUGCCGAAAGGUUGGAGCACCACCAGAACUGGCUUCACUUCUUGAAGAAAUAGCCCGUGAAAGCUACCCAACGGAUGCUCUUCGUGAGAUAGGAGAUGAUCCUGAACUUGACGAAUUCAUGGAGUCAUACUGCGAAGUUCUUCAUAGAUACAAGCAGGAGUUGUCGAAGCCAUUCAACGAAGCGACCUUGUUUUUGUGCAGUAUCGAAUCACAACUCAGCAAUCUUUGCAAGGGAACACUGACAAUGCCAUUGGAUAACAACCACUCAGAUGAGGCCGCUGGAACAUCAGAGGAUGAAUUGAGUUGGGAGAAGGUGGAAGCAGUUGAAGGUCACGAAUCUUCUGGCCCACGUCCAGGUGAUCAAGAGCUUAAAGAAAUGCUCCUUCGUAAGUAUGGUGGUUAUCUUAGCAGCUUGAAAAAGGAAUUUCUUAAGAAAAGGAAAAAGGGUAAGCUACCAAAGGAUGCAAGGAUGGUACUCAUGGACUGGUGGAACACCCACUAUCGGUGGCCUUAUCCUACGGAGGAGGAGAAAGUGCAGCUAUCAGAAAUGACUGGACUUGAUCAAAAGCAGAUCAAUAAUUGGUUCAUCAAUCAAAGAAAACGGCAUUGGAAACCAUCAGAGGACAUGCGAUUUGCCAUUAUGGAUGGUGUAAGUGGCAGUGGCUUUGGAGGACCUAUCUAAUAUAUUUCUGGAGAUGGACCGUGUUGAUUCCUGCUACUUGUACCUUCCUGCUCGUGUGAUGUGUGUAUACGUUCUUUUCCACGAGAUAUGUAUUAAUUUUUUGAACCUGCAUUUGUAUGCUAAGUAAAUAGGUCCUUCAGCUUAUAUAUAUAUGCAAGAGUGUAAAAAACCUGUAGCUAAUAUACGCGACAGUGAUAAUCGAUCAAUGCUACUGAAUCAUUAUUUCAUGACAAUUUACAUUAUAGUAGUACUAUUGCUUAUUUUUUUAAA